CCAAAGGCAGACGCUUAACCUGCUGAGCCACCCAGGUGCCCCAAGUAAAGUCUUAAAAAAAAAAAAAAAAAGAUCGUGGCAGGAAAACCAAAGUUGGCUAUUGUCUUCAAAAGGAGCAUAAAAUUGAUGGAUACAUUCCUGGCUACAUUGGCUAAGAGCAUCACCAAGCAGGGAAGGUAUUCAUUCAUUCCCUCCUUUGGGAAUCACAGACAUCAUUUGUUUUUAUGAAUCUAUUAGGCAAUGCCACUAGAGUCUGCCACAGAAAUAUCAUUAUUUGUUCUCAUCAGCUGGGGGAGGUUUCUGAUUUUUAGGGGCGUUGACAAUGGUGUUCUUAAUGAGAAUGAAGAAUGUCCUCAAGCAGGGUUGAGAAGCAAGGAAAAUGAGGUUGGAUUUCCUGUCAUCACUAGGUAAGUGUCACAGACUUCCGUAGCCCAGCCAUUCUCUCUGGGGACUGUUCUGUGUGCUCUGUAUGUGUGUGUUGUGGGGGGAAUCCUUGUCCACCAUUAGCUCAGGAUCUGGUUAAGAUUGAAAUGACAGCAUACGUGAGUACAAUAUUGACUCAUUACAUCAUUGGAAUGGGAGUGCAGAGCAACAGAGGGAUCCAAAAAGACAAGGUUUAAGAUCAGAAUGUUUUCCAGAAACAAAGUUGGAAGCAAGUUUGAAAAAAAGGGAAGAUUCUGAAUUGGCAUGAAGAUUGAAGGACAUUCACCAAAAAAAUCAGGAAGGAAGAAGUAUGUGAGAGACACACCCAAGGAUAAUUGGUUUUUGAAUUAAAGUGAUGAUUUAUCCAGAGGAAAACCCAAGAGCUAACUAAAUCUGUUUCCAUAUUUACUGAGAAUAUACCUUCUUCAUUAGGUGACCUGUAGAAACCAUGGAGGAUGUGACCUGGCCUAGCACAGGGACCUCUUAAUCUUGACCAACUUUGAUGCUUCUGUGCCUCGUAUGCCAUGCCCUCUUAAGGGGAGAAAUGGAAAAGCCUCAAACCAAGUUUGUUGGAGUCCUAAUUUUUUUUUUUUAUUUUUUAAAGAUUUUAAGUAAUCUCUACUCCCAACAUGGGGCUCAAACUCACAACCCUGAGAUCAAGAGUUGCACGCUCCACCUACUGAGCCAGCCAGGUGCCCCAGUGGAGUCCUGAUUCUUAGGACAAGGGUUGACAUACUCUUGCUGUCACUGUUCAUCCUUUUUUCCCCCUAAAAUUGUUUUAAUUAUGUAGUAACCCAAGGUCAAUUCCUCAUGCAAGAGAAGAAAGGAUUUUGUUGCCCCUCUACCCUAGCAUACCUCGAGGUGGACUGCAGGUAAGAUUUUUUUUUUUUUAAGAUUUUAUUUAUUUGACAGAGCGAGAGAGACAGCAGGGAACACAAGAGAGGGAACACAAGCAGGGGGAGUGGGAGAGGGAGAAGCAGGCUUCUUGCUGAGCAGGGAGCCCAAUGUGGGGCUCCAUCCCAGGACCCUGGGACCGUGACCUGAGCCAAAGGCAGAUGCCCCUGCAGGUAAGAUUCUGAUUGUGAUUAGUUUUCUUGGGUAGCAGACCUAGUCAAGUGCCAGUAAACCCAGCGAUAUCAGGGUGCCUGGUUUGCUCAGUCAGUUGAGCGUCUGCCUUCAGCUCAGGUCAUGAUCCGAGAGUUCUGGGAUCUGGCUCCCUGCUUGGCAGGGAGCCUGCUUCUCCCUCUCUGCCUGCCGCUCUCCCUGCUUGUGCACUCUCUCGCUCUCUCGCUGUCAAAUAAAAUCUUUAAAAAACAAAACAAAACACCGAUAUGUACAAGGAAGAUCUAAAAAAACACAGGGAGGUAGAUCACUCUACACUACGUUUAAAUACUUGGAUUUAAGUGGGUUCUUUAAGGGCUGGCCCAUCCCCUCCGGAUGGGGCUGUCACAGUGAUGGACACAGAGUAGUCUCUCAAAUGGGGAGAUUGAGGAGAGAUUUUGGGGACUUUAUCCUGCAUCUAGAUUUUCAAAGAUUUUGUCCACCAAGUAUUGUAAGUCAUUAGGCAGUAAUUUUUCUAUUUACUAGUCAGAUUUACCUACAUAUGCCAUAAAAUAGCAUUAGGCUGGGUUUUGCUUGCAUGACCGGAGAGGUGCAAAUGUAUGAUUUCUUAAGAUUUUCUCAGACCCUGGAAACGACCUCUCUGCCAUCCUUCUGCCCUGGUGGGUUUCCCAUGCUUCCCCGGCCCCUUUCCCUCCUCGUCAGGCGUCUUCUCUGGAAUAACUGAGCCAGAAGGUCAUUAGUUAAAAAACAUCAUCAGGCUCUAGGACUGUAAAGUGCCCAUGGAAGGGGAAAGGCUCUUCUACCCCCGGCGACCUCAGCCUUCACUCUGGUCUCUGUUCUGCCCGUGCUGUCCGGGCCGGGCUGGGAGAGGAGGCCCAGACUUCCUAUUUUCUUACUGUGGCUCCACUGGCCAUGCAGCAGGGAAUUCCAUGAAUGUUUGUGAAGGGAACCCCACAGUGCAGCAUGCCGCCGGCCGGCCUUGGGGUGAGUGUGCUACUGACGGCGUAGCACCUUUCACUCCGGUGACGUAGGAUCCUCUAAGGCAGGGCGCCCCCUUUGUGACAGGCGGGCCCAUGGCAAUGACCCCGGCGCAGCCCACCCUAGGGAGACCAAAGGACCCAGGUCCUCUCCCUGCCCCUGUCCGCAUGUAGCACGUCAUCCUUGAAGGACCAGAUUUUCCCCUCUCCCUCUUGUGCUGUAGAAAACUUGGUGAAGUAAGUCACAGACUUGUUACAAGUGAUUAUGCAACGUGGUCAUUAAAGAUGUGACUCACCAAGGCACUCCAAGCCCAUGAUAACUGUUGCGUGAACGGAUUUUCGUUUUUAAGCCCGAUGCACUGGUCAACAUUUUUGUGAGAGGAGGCAGGUGAUCUGACCCCGAGAGGCCCGUCCCAGUUGUAAGUCACAGCCCAUCUGUUUCCGCAGCCGCGCCCUGACUCGCCCCUGCCGCCCCGGGCUCUGGCUGCCGCUGUGGGGACCCAUGGCUCCCUUCCACGUGCCUGGGUUCGGACGCUGCUGCAGGCUUCCGCAGUCGCCCCGGCACAGGAGAGGUCUUGUGCACCCCGGCGCCUCCAAGCAAGGAAGGUACUCUUGAAGUUUAAGAAGCCAGGAGUAAACGGGCCUUUUCUCCCCCACGUGAGCGCCACGCCCCGCAGCCUUCCCUUUCGUCCGCCUGCGUCUCUGCGGUCCCCUGCGGGCAACCGGGAGGGAGGGACGCGUCCCGCCCGCCGGACCGCAGACGGAGCCCCGGCCCUGCCCCGCGCGCUCCAGCGUCGGCCUCUCCCGCAGGCGGAGAUGCGGCUACUCCUGCUCUUGCCCCUGCUGCUGGCCCCGGCGCCCGGGUCCUCGGCUCCCAAGGUGAGGCGGCAGAGUGACACCUGGGGCCCCUGGGGCCCCUGGAGCCCCUGCAGCCGGACCUGCGGAGUGGGCAUCAGCUUCCGGGAGCGCCUCUGCUUCUCCCAGAGGAGAGACGGGGGUUCCAGCUGCGUGGGCCCUGCCCGGAGCCACCGCUCCUGCCACACCGAGAGCUGCCCAGCCGGCACCAGGGACUUCCGGGCGGAGCAGUGCUCCCAGUUCGACAGCCAGGACUUCCAGGGAAGGCGGUACAAGUGGCUGCCCUACUACGGAGCUCCGAACAAGUGCGAGCUGAACUGCAUUCCCAAGGGGGAGAACGUCUACUUCAAGCACAGGGAGGCUGUCGAGGAUGGGACGCCCUGUGAGCCUGGCACGCGGGACGUCUGUGUGGAUGGCAGCUGCCGGGUCGUCGGCUGUGACCACAACCUUGACUCCUCAAAGGAGGAGGACAAAUGUCUGCAGUGUGGGGGUGACGGCACGACCUGCUAUCCCGUCAAGGGCACCUUUGAUGCUAAUGACCUCAGGAGAGGCUACAACCAGAUCCUCAUAAUUCCUACGGGGGCCACCAGCAUCCGUGUAGAGGAGGCGGCGGCCAGCAGGAAUUUCCUGGCGGUGAAAAGCGUGCGGGGCGAGUACUACCUCAACGGGCACUGGACCAUCGGGGGCGCCUGGGCCCUGCCCGUGGCCAGCACCGUCCUGCACUACGAGCGUGGGGCCGAGGGGGACCUGGCGCCCGAGCGGCUCCUCGCUCGCGGCCCCACCUCCGAGCCCCUGGUCAUUGAGCUCCUCAGCCAGGAGCCCAACCCGGGUGUGCGCUACGAGUACCACCUGCCCCUGGGCAGCCCCCGGCCCGGCUUCCGCUGGAGCCACGGCUCGUGGAGUGACUGCAGCGCUGAGUGCGGUGGAGGUCACCAGUCCCGCCCAGUGUUCUGCACCACUGACAACGAGGUCUACCCCGACCACAUGUGCCAGCCUCAGCUGCGGCCGGCUGACCGCCGCCCCUGCAGCACUCACCCUUGCCCGCAGACCAAGCGGACCUCUUAUCUGCACCGGCCCAGAGCGUGGCACCUUGCUGGGGCCCAGCGUGCAUGCAGGAACAGCUGGCAGACGGGGCCCUGGUCGCCCUGCUCAGCCUCGUGUGGUGGUGGCUCCCAGUCCCGCUCUGUCUACUGCGUCUCGUCUGAUGGGGCUGGCGUCCAGGAGGCCACUGAGGGGGCGGAGUGUGCAGGCCUGCUUGGGAAGCCCCCCACCACGCGGGCUUGCAGCCUGCAGCGCUGCUCGGCCUGGAGGGCAGAGCCCUGGGGAGAGUGCUCUGUCAGCUGUGGUGCCGGGGUCCGGAGGCGGAGUGUCACUUGCCAGAGCGAUGAGGGGUCUCUGCUCCAUGCCACAGCGUGCUCCUCGGAGGACCGCCCCCCCAUCACUGAGCCCUGUGUGCGUGAAGACUGUUCCCCCAUCCAUGACCAGACCUGGCACGUGGGCGCCUGGGGUCUAUGUUCUAAGAGUUGCAGCGGGGGGACUCGGAGGCGCCAGGUCAUCUGUGCCCUUGGGCCGCCCAGCCGCUGCGGGAGCCUGCUGCUGUCCAGGCCCAGGGAGGUGGAGCCCUGUAACAUACAGCCCUGCCAUCUUCCUCCAGAAGUCCCCAGCACGCAGGACGUGCACGCCAGCCCCAGGGAUCCCCGGAUGUCUUUGGGCCCUCACGUGGCCCCUGCCUCAGAUUCCAGAGACCAGUGGUGGCUCCCCCAGGAGCAACCCUCAGUCCAGGGUAAUCCCAGAGGAGCCCAGGGCCUCCACCUGCCAGGCCUAGCACCCUCUCUGCCUCAGUCCCCACACCGGCAGCCCCUGCGGUCUGGCCUGGCACCCCAAGCCUGCAGACACAGCCCCUAUGGGUGCUGCCCUGAUGGCCACACCGCAUCUCUUGGGCCGCAGUGGCAGGGCUGCCCUGGAGCCUCAUGUCAGCAGAGCAGGUACGGGUGCUGUCCUGAUGGAGUGUCUGUGGCUGAGGGGCCCCAUCACGCUGGCUGCGCAGGGUCUUACAGCAGUGACAACGCCGCCGGGAGAAGGCCGGGGUCAAGAGCGGUGGCUUCCUCGGCCCCCGAGGUCCACCAGUCCCAGGCUCAGCAGAAUGAGCCCAGUGAGUGCCGGGGCUCCCAAUUUGGCUGUUGCUAUGACAACGUGGCCUCUGCCGCUGGCCCUCUUGGGGAAGGCUGCGUGGGCCAGCCCAGCUAUGCCUACCCUGUGCGGUGCCUGCUGCCCAGCGCCCACGGCUCCUGCACGGACUGGGCCGCCCGCUGGUACUUCGUCCCCUCUGUGGGCCGGUGUAACCGCUUCUGGUACGGCGGCUGCCACGGCAACGGCAAUAACUUUGCCUCUGAGGAGGAGUGCAUGAGCAGCUGUGGGGAGCCUCAGCCUGCGCCCCGAGGACCUGAGCCCGGGGCCUCUGGCCAGGGCACCCGCGUAGAUGGCGCCGGCAGCAGUCCUGGGGGCCAGCAAGAGGCCAGCUGGCACAGGACAGGGACCACAGUCCAGACGAAGCCCUGGCCUUCCGGUGGCCUCUGGAGGCAAGACCAAGAGCCGGGGCCAAGGGAGGAGUCCCACAGCCAGGUCUUCGGAGGACGGCCCUGGGGCGGGGAGAUGGGGCCCAGUGCCCCUGGACUGGGCGGAGAUGCCGGGCGACCAGCGCCGCCCUCCCACAGCUCUUCCUACAGGGUCAGCUUGGCGGGCCUGGAGCCGUCCUUGGUACAGGCGGCCCGGGGCCAGUUGGUGCGGCUCUUCUGCCAAGAUGACACCUCCCUGGAGCCCCACCCCAGGUGGCAGAAAGACGGGGAGCCCAUCUCCUCUGACAGGCACAAGCCGCAGCCUGACGGCUCCUUGGUCAUCAGUCCCCUACGGGCAGAGGAUGCUGGCAUCUACAGCUGUGGCAGCAGCAGGCCAGGCCGUGACUCUCAGAAGAUCCAGCUCCAUGUCACAGGGGGUGAUGUGGCCGUGCUGUCUGAGGCUGUGCCAAGGCACUUCCCUCAGACCAGGGACCCAGCCCAGGGCCACAGUCCUCGGGACUCCAGCCUAGUGGGGGACAGAGGGAGCCUAGGGGCCUCCUCCUUGCAGCCUCGGCCCACGACCAGGCUGCUUCUGGACAGGAACCAGCCUGGGGUAGUGGACGCCCAACCAGGCCAGCGGAUCCGGUUGACCUGCCGUGCUGAGGGCUUCCCACCCCCAGCCAUCGAGUGGCAGAGAGACGGGCAGCCCCUCUCUUCCCCCAGACACCAGCUGCAGCCUGAUGGUUCUCUGGUCAUCAGCCAUGUUGCUGUGGAAGACAGUGGCUUCUACGCCUGUGUUGCUUUCAAUGGGCAGGACCGAGACCAGAGAUGGGUCCAGCUCAGAGUUCUGGGGGAGCUGACCAUCACAGAGCUGCCUUCUACUGUGAUGGUGCCAGAGGGUGACACGGCCAGGCUGCUGUGUGUGGUGGCAGGAGAAAGUGUAAACAUCAGAUGGUCCAGGAAUGGGCUGCCGGUGCGGGCCGACGGGCACCGUGUCCACCAGUCCCCGGAUGGCACACUGCUGAUCCACAAGCUGCAGGCCAGAGACGAGGGCUCCUACACAUGCAGUGCCUACCGCGGAAGCCAGGCUGUGAGCCGCAGCACCGAGGUGAAGGUGAUCGCGCCGGCACUUCCCGCCCAGCCCAGGGACCUGAGCAGGGAGUGUGUGGACCGGCCAGAGCUGGCCAACUGCGAUUUGAUCCUGCAGGCCCAGCUCUGCGGCAAUGAGUACUACGCCAGCUUUUGCUGUGCUAGCUGCUCCCGCUUCCAGCCUCCUGCGCGGCCUGUCUGGCAGCAGCGAUGAAGGUGAGCUGCAGACCCGGUCCUGAACAACUCUCGGGCUGUGGUCUCCGGCUGGCAAAGGGCUCUACCCUUCAGAGAAGGGCCAUUGCAGCCCGGCCCCCGGCCGUGCUGCGCUGCAGCCGAAGCUGGCACCCACCUCCCUCUCCGGCACUGCAGGCAGCGGUCAAGAGGAAUCUGCUUGGAUAAGGACACCCUUUACGGCUUCCCUCUAGCGUUUUCUGUUAUACGGGAUCAAUUCACUGGGUUCUAAAGCAAGGUACCAGGGUUCUCAAUUCAUUUAAAGCUGGGUGGGGAGCUGUGUAAUAAUGGUUUCAAAGUUAACAUGUAUCUCACACGGCGCACACUAAUUCCUACCGUGUCAGGCAAUUUUUCUUUGCUAGAACUCCCAUCGCAUCUAGGGUCAAACGAUGCUCCACUGCUCUAGCCCACCUCACCCUUCCAGGCAGUGUGGCAAUCAGCUCCAGCCUGCACGUGCAGUUAACGGCAUGUUUGUGAAAGCUCUUGCCGAAGUCAAAUACGACACGUAGGCUCAGGAGAGGGAUGUGGGAUGAAGGAGCGGCAGCAGAUGAUGAGAACACGACAGAACUGGGGGAGCUCCCUCCUUUCUCUCCUUAGGAAGCCAGUGCCCGAAGCCCUCCUCCUGAGGCCGACAUGCAGAGCCUGCUUGUGAGGGUCCCCUCACUCCUGUAUCAAGCUGACAGACCUCCUAUGUGCAGUGACCAGCUGGGAGCCUCUCCUCCCCAAGCAGGAAUCUGUGAGGCAGAACCAGACUAUUAAAAAUAUGCAUCAGCACGACAGGGGAGCAAAGAAGGGGAAGGCAAUAUAUUAACAACGAAGUGGUUUCAGAAAUGGUUUGAGUUGGAAGAAGUCCCUCUCCAUCUCUCAGAACC